UCAUCAUUUUGCAGAAUCACUUGUCAUCUCACAAAACAAAUCAGUGAAACUUUUCAUCCAAAAAUGCUAGCAGUUUUUGACAAAUCAGUGGCUAAAAGCCCAGAAGGGCUUCAGAGUCCCAACAAUGAGACAGCAGUUUCUGCUCUGAAAGAUGGUUUCUUGGCACAGCGCUUUGCCUCCAACCAUUCAGGCUCUGUCACCAUCAACUUGGGCUCUUCUGGUUUCUUGGCUUACUCCUCUGAUCGCCAAAACCCUCUUCUUCCCAGGUUGUUCGCUGUUGUGGAUGACAUAUUCUGCUUGUUUCAAGGCCACAUUGAGAAUGUAGCUCAUCUUAAGCAACAAUAUGGGUUAAACAAGACAGCAAACGAAGUGAUCAUUGUUAUUGAGGCUUACAGGACUUUGAGGGAUAGAGGUCCUUAUCCUCCAGAUCAAGUUGUGAGAGAUAUUCAUGGAAAGUUUGCUUUCGUUCUUUACGAUAGCUCUUCAAAGAUUUCCUUCUUAGCUUCUGAUGUUGAUGGGAAUGUGCCCUUCUUCUGGGGUACUGAUUCUGAAGGCCACCUAGUCCUCUCCGAUGAUGCUGACAUUGUGAAGCAAGGCUGUGGAAAAUCCUUUGCACCAUUUCCCAAAGGAUGCUUCUUCACAUCUUCUGGUGGCUUGAGGAGUUAUGAGCACCCGCGUAAUGAGUUGAAACCAGUACCAAGGGUGGACAGCUCAGGCGAGGUGUGCGGUGCAAACUUUAAGGUGGAUGCUGAGUCUAAGAAAGGGGGUACAGGCAUGCCCAGAGUGGACAGUGCCGCUAACUGGUCCCAACACUACUGAGCUGACUGCAGUUUUCAUCACCACGAAGGCUUCGUUAUUAUUUGGCCUUCUAUCUUGUGCUUUCCCAACUCUUUCUAUUAUUCUCAACUUCAAUUGCUAUGAGCUUUAUGGUUGUAGAGAAAUGUUAAAAGGUGAGGAAAGAUAUUUCAUAUUGCUACCGAGGAACGUGAUUUGCUAUGUCGUAUACUGGAAUUAGGCCAUGUUCUUGGCUGGAAGACGUCUACUUUAAAUAACUUCUGUCUUGAUACAGGGGCUUUGCUUAUAUCUUAGUAUGUGCAUUUGGUGCU